AUGGCUAUUGAGAUAGGCGACAAGACAUGGGAAACAUUCCUCGACCAACACAACUCAAUCGUGGCCUUACUCGAUACUCAUGCAUCGUUACUCGUCGAGAUGCGGAAACUCUGCGAUGACAAGAGCGCGACACGUUCAUUGAUUCUGGGACGUCUCAACAUCACGGAGAAGUCGAUCGCAACAUUCAAACAGUCAACAGAGUCGUUGCAAGAAGUGACGAAGCGAGAGGAGCAGGUCAUCACGGAGGACUCGAAGGCUCUGGAAACAGAGGCCCCGACUAUCCCCAUCCGUCCGACCAAGAAGCCGAAGUCGCAAAAGUCUGUAAACGCGGUGCCCGACCCGAGCGGCUUCUUUACUAUCGACCCUAAUCCCACGCCAAUUGAACAGCUCUACAAAGAGAAAUUCGGGAAGGAGAAGACGAAAGAGAACCCGAAGCGAAAGAUUGAAGCGGAUCGGCCACUGCGAGCCGAGCAGGGGAGCGCAGAAGAGCCAGAGCGAAAGAGACCUAAGAAGAACCACGAGCGCAAAGUCACAACUCCACCUACAGCGGAGGACGAGCAGGUCGAAGACAUGCGGGAAGCCGAUGGUGACGACGACGACUUUGUGAAAGCAGUGGAAGCAAGAGCCAAGGCCAGGGAAGAGAAGAAGAUGGCCAAAGCCAACAAGAAACGGAAGCGACAGAGCGACGAGUCUACGGAAGGUGGGAACGUUACCAAGAACAAGAAGCGGAAGGAGAACCACGAAACCAAGUCUGAAGCUUUCGCAACACCUGCAGUCGCACAAGAAGAACAAAAGCAAAAUGACAAGAGACCGUUUGCGCAAGCAGACCUAGAAGGGAACGAGGAAAGUCGGAAGACUGGCGGGAAGAGAAAGAAACAGCGGAAAGGCAAGAAGUCAAAGGCGUGA